AUGUCAUCAAAUAAAAGUCUCGAAAAACAACUUCGAUCUCAUAGUAUUCAUGCAACUAUAGCACGUGAUUUAGAACGUAUGAAAAGAUUACAACGAUUAGAAAUGAAACAAGCAAAAGAUUUUCAUGUUUUUGAACGUCGACGAAAUUUACAUGCAAAAUGGAAUCAACGUGCUGAUCAUAAAAUUUUAGGUCAAAAUUCAAUAAAUAAUAAUCAUAAUCAUUCAACAAUGACUCUUGAUGAAUUUAUGCAACAUGAAAAAAUUAAACAAGAUAAAAUAAUGAAUUCGAAAAAAUUAGCUAAUGAAAGAAUUCGUCUUAAAUAA